AUGGAAAAAAAUCCAUUCGAGGAACAUAUCGAUGAAAUCAUACUUGAAACUGAAAAUACAGAUGCUGCAUUAGAUGGAAUCACAGGUUUGACAGAACAGGCAUUUUCUGCAAGUAACGAUGAAUUGCGCAACAGCAACUCAUCCGUGCGUAAUUUGGCCAAGGCUUUUGAAACUCUGGUCGUGCCAGAUGACCCAAAUGUUCGGCGAAGGCAGAUAUCAAAUGAAUCGGCUUCAUCAGCAACUAUAAAUACUUCUGUUUCACCAAAAGUUAGAUCCACCAUGGUUUCCAGCCAAUUUUCUUCACCUGUAGGACCAGAUAGUAAAAUGUCAUUAUGCGCUCGAUCUGUUUCUCCCGUUGCUACGUCUUCAAAUACAACCAAAGCUUUGUAUCAACAAAACCCAAAUUUAAAUCCCUUUGCAGAUGGGGUGCUGUCUGAUGACAAUUCAUCUCAUGAAAGAAGUGGUGAUGAUUCAAGCAACUAUUCAGACUCCAGCGAUAUUAUUCAGAUCUCACAGCAGCCUUUAACAACAUCACCACAAACCAAACCUUUUACUCUUUCAAAUUCAAGACUAACUGAUCAAGAGCAUACAUCUUUGCCCUUUUUAUUUGGUUCAAAUAACGCAACAAACAAUUCAAGUUCUCCACUUAAUCAUUCAGUACCUGUGGCGGUUUUGAGUCCGCCCAUUUUUUCUCGUCCUAUUGGAUCUCCUGAUCGUCCAGCACCGCCAUCUCGGUCAAGUCGAGCGGUUUCAAACAGAUCGCCCAUUAUUUCAUCUGCCUCAGUCGCUCAGGGUAUUUCAGAUAUUACUUCAGCCACAGCAUCUUACCAAAGUCAAGAUUCAUUAUCUGGAUUGAUUUCAAGUGCUACUGUGUCAGAACGUCGAUCUAUAAACAGAGGCCAGAGUGAACAAAUUUCACUUGGAUUUUCAAAGCCGCCUUUGCCACCAAGACCUAUCAACUCACAAGCUAUUAGUCCAGAUCGUGGACUUGGUCUUGUAGGAACUCAACAAUCUAUGCAGCAACUUCAAGGCGCACCUCAACUUUUUUCACCGUCACAAAUGGGUAUUCCACCGCCACUUCCUACACGUCCAUCUGCAAGAAGAGCAAACAUGUCAUUGGAAUCGUCCAUGUCCACGCCUUGUUUUUCAGAGAUAAUCGGACCACCAACAACCAAUUUUGCAACGCUUAACCGGUACGCAUCUUUAAUGACAAAGGAAUUUAUAUAUGAUCCUAUCACCCGUAUUGUAAAUCGCAGUUUGCCUAUCGCACCACGCUUUCCAUCAGAUGGUGUUCACCACAAAGGUCCAGUCAAUACCUUUACUUUUUCUGGCUUGCAUGCAGCUACAGGCUAUGUUUCAUGUCGAUUAUGGGAUAUUCCGACUGCUACAAACUCACAUUUUUACACUCCAGCAACUGACCAAAAACCUCACUUCUUUGCAGUGUGUUUUAUUCCCUCUCGCCAAAUAUCUCUUGACAAUACAGUCAUAUGGGCAUCGAUUGAACGGGGCGAAUUGAUUGAAAUGGACGUUGCAACAGGGAAGCUUCUUGAUCGCCGUAUUAUCCAUAAUGCCACAGUCACUCAUAUCAUUCGGCACAGAUUCACUGUAUACACUCUUGACGAUAAUGGUGGGUUUAAGAUUUGGACGGCAGGAAAUGAUGGCAGGGUUGAUUUGGCAUCUCGUCCAAGAGGAUUACGUGUCAGUGCAAAACAGACAUCCAUGUUGGUGGACACAGUCGAUGGAAUUGAUCGUCUUUGGACCGUAUCAGGAAAGCAAAUUGAAGUGUUUAACCUCGAAGUGGAUGCACUAGCAUUGGUUGAACGUAAAAUAUCACUAUCGACUUCUGUUGGACCUAUCUCUGCCAUUACAUCACUCCCAGCAAAACGAAUGGUGUUUACUGGUCACGAAGAUGGAAAAAUCACUGUGUUUGAUUCAUUGCUUUUGGUAAAACUAUGGACUGUCCAAGUAGCACUCUAUCGUAUUUCAUCCUUGGUGGGUGUUGGAAAGUCAUUUAUAUGGGCUGGAUUUGGAACGGGAAAGAUUGCUGUAUACGACGUGGCAUUCCAAUCUUCUGAACAGGGCACUGCCGGAGUGAAUGCAACUGCAGCUCAGCCGAGCGGUCAAUCAUGGGCAAUUGUUAAAGAGUUUGCCGCUUACAGUAAUGCAGGUGUAACUCAUCUGGCUGUAGAUGACUCUUCGUUGGCAUUUGAUGGACAAUUGUUGGUAGGCAGUGUUUCUGAAUCGGGGCAUAUGCGGUUUUGGGAUGGCAUGCUAGACCAAUAUCGUCAAGAGAUGGCAAUGAGAAGUCUCGAGGCAAAAUACUGUGAUUACAAUCCGGUUAAUAUAGUUAUUCUUACGUGGAACAUUGAUGCUCGCAAACCCAAUGACAUGGAUCUGUCUGGCGAUGUUGAAGAUAAUCGAUUUUUGCGUAAUUUGUUUAGCGUCAAUGCCGAUGCAAAUAUGUUUAUUUUUGGAUUUCAAGAGCUUGUUGAUUUAGAGUCCAAAAGUGAAACGGCUAAGCAACUCUUCAAAGGAGCUGGAAGUAGCCAGACAGCAAUGGACCAAAGGCAGAAAUUGUGGCAGGAUCGACUAUCUACUGGACUAGCAGAAGCGUUUCCAGAUGAGCCCUACACAAUGGUAGAGUGUCGGCAACUUGUUGGACUUUUUCAAUGCGUGUUUGUACAGACUUCUUUGGCGAUCAUGCUUUCCGAUGUCUCUGUCAGUAUGGUCAAGACUGGCCUGGGUGGAUUUCAUGGCAACAAGGGAAGCAUUGCCACUCGGUUUUUGUGGCAAGACACAUCAUUUUGUUUUAUAAACUGUCAUUUGGCAGCACAUCAGGGACAAACAAGUGCGCGGAACAAUGAUAUUGCACAUAUUUUCAAAGAAACAUCAUUUCCGAAACGAGCUGGUGAUGGUAUAUGGAUGCGGGGAGGCGACGGCAGCAUGAUUGUGGACCACGAGGCAAUAUUUUGGUCAGGCGAUUUCAACUAUAGAAUAGAUUUAUCACGAACGACAGUUUUUGAAAAAAUUGGCAAGCAAGAUUGGCAGGCUCUUUGGGAGCAUGAUCAACUCAAGCGACAAAAGGCAGAGAAUGCAUCUUUUGGACUCCGAGAUUUUGACGAGUCGGCACUUUCUUUUGCACCCACAUUCAAAUACAAACGUGGUACUCAGCAAUAUGACUCGAGUGAGAAAAUGCGUAUUCCUGCCUACUGUGAUCGGAUUCUUACCCGAGGCACACACAUUAGCCAUACCUUUUAUUCACGUGGAGAAUGUAAAAUAUCCGACCACCGUCCCAUCAUUGGCGGUUUUCGCACCAUGGUCAAACUCAUCAAUACGAAACGGAGAUCACAACAUCUUGCUAACGUGCGGGCAGAACUCGAUGCACAACUGUUGAUAGAUGUCCAAAUGGCAAAAACUGAAUGGGUGAUGGCUGUUAAAGGUGUUGGAUCUGAAGAUGCAAGAGUAUUACUUGACCAUUGCAAUUGGAACCUGCAACUUGUUUAACGAUGAAUGAUUUAAGCGGUUGAUAUAUUUAUACCUUUGAGUAGGUUUGCAAACACAAGAUUUUUGCAUAUUGAAAUCUAGCUCCUGCUGGAUAUGAUUCAAUUAAAAAUAAAAAUGUAGUACCUUUUUAGAAU